AUAAAUGGUACCUGUGAGACCCCGGCAAGGGACUCGAAAAAUUUCGAAAUCAGCUCGAGGCGAUGAUGGCGCUUCUGAGGCCGCCUUCUUUCCAGCUUCGCUUCGUCGCCCGCCGUCUCUUCUCCUCUCCGGCCCUCUUCUUUCGCCCCUCGUUUCUUUUCUCGUUAGCUCGCUCUCGUUCCCGGCUCUUCCUCAGAACCAGAAUCUCGAGCAUCCGCCCACAGAGGAAUGGAGUUGGAGUAAGGGCUUUUAUGUCGUCAACCAUUAAUGCGGAGGCGCUCCAAGAGAAAGCUCGGUCACAAGCCUACGGCUCUGACCAGAUUCAGGUUUUGGAAGGACUAGAUCCAGUUCGGAAAAGACCAGGAAUGUAUAUUGGGAGCACUGGACCCCGUGGCUUGCAUCAUCUGGUAUAUGAAAUAUUGGACAAUGCCAUUGAUGAAGCUCAAGCAGGUUAUGCCUCAAAGAUUGAUGUAGUUUUACAUGAGGAUAAUUCUGUGAGCAUCACUGAUAACGGACGUGGGAUUCCUACAGACUUGCAUCCCGUGACAAGGAAAUCUUCCCUGGAGACUGUUUUGACGGUCUUACAUGCUGGAGGGAAAUUUGGUGGUUCCAGCAGUGGGUAUAAUGUCUCUGGUGGAUUGCAUGGUGUGGGUUUGUCUGUUGUCAAUGCCUUAUCUGAGGCACUAGAAGUUACAGUAUGGCGUGAUGGGAAGGAAUACCAACAAACCUAUUCUCGUGGGAAACCAGCAACAGCUUUAACUUGUUACCUUCUGCCAGCUGAAUCAAGUGGUCGUCAGGGGACAUGUAUCAGGUUUUGGCCCGAUAGAGAUGUAUUCACUACUUCCAUUACUUUUGAGUUCAACACAAUUGCUGGCCGCAUACGGGAACUUGCUUUCUUGAAUCCUGAGCUUACAAUCACUCUGAAAAAGGAGGAAGGAGACUCGAAGGUGCAAUACAAUGAAUAUUGCUAUGCUGGUGGCUUGGUAGAGUAUGUGAAAUGGUUAAAUGCAGAUAAGAAACCACUUCAUGACACUGUAGCUUUCAGAAAAGAGGUAGAUGGAAUCACAGUUGAUGUAGCCCUCCAGUGGUGUUCUGAUUCAUAUACUGAUAUGGUGCUGGGGUAUGCUAAUAGCAUCCGUACAAUUGAUGGUGGCACCCAUAUAGAUGGGAUGAAGGCUUCAUUAACUAGAACAAUCAACAACCUUGGAAAGAAGUCCAAGGCAAUCAAGGAAAAGGACAUUAGCUUAAGCGGUGAGCAUGUAAGGGAAGGAUUAACUUGUAUUGUAUCUGUCAAGGUACCGAACCCAGAAUUUGAAGGACAAACAAAGACAAGGCUAGGAAAUCCAGAAGUUCGAAGAGUGGUUGAACAAUGUGUUCAAGAGUAUCUUACUGAGUAUUUGGAGCUGCAUCCAGACACGUUAGAUUCAAUUCUCUUAAAAUCGCUUAAUGCUCUCAAGGCUGCACUGGCAGCCAAGCGGGCUAGAGAAUUGGUGAGGACAAAAAGUGUCCUGAAAUCUUCUUCCCUUCCUGGAAAACUAGCUGAUUGCUCAUCUACAAAUCCUGAAGAAUCUGAGAUCUUCAUAGUUGAAGGUGAUUCAGCAGGUGGUAGUGCAAAGCAAGGUCGUGAUAGGAGAUUUCAGGCUAUUUUACCCUUGAGGGGUAAGAUUCUGAACAUUGAAAGAAAGGAUGAAGCAGCCAUGUAUAAAAAUGAAGAAAUUCAGAAUCUUAUUCUUGCUCUAGGACUUGGAGUGAAGGGGGAGGAUUUUAGGAAAGAAGCCCUUCGGUAUCAUAAGAUCAUCAUUUUGACAGAUGCUGAUGUAGAUGGCGCUCACAUCCGAACUCUUCUGCUGACAUUUUUCUUUAGAUAUCAGAAAGCGCUUUUUGAUGAAGGUUGCAUUUAUGUUGGUGUUCCCCCACUCUAUAAGGUUGAACGUGGCAAGCAUGCUCACUACUGUUAUGAUGAUUCAGAGCUUAAAAUCCUUCGGAGUACUUUUCCUGCAAAUGCUUCAUACAAUAUCCAAAGAUUUAAAGGUCUUGGGGAGAUGAUGCCUUUACAACUCUGGGAAACUACAAUGGACCCAGAGAGGAGGCUACUGAAGAAAUUAGUGGUGGAAGAUGCUGUAGAAGCAAAUUUUGUAUUCUCCUCUCUUAUGGGUACUCGUGUUGAUGUCAGGAAGGAACUGAUACAGAACUCUGCAAGCAUGAUCAAGCUGGAGCAUCUUGAUAUUUGAGGGUGGUCCAGAUUAAAUGAUAUAUUUUCCUCCACUCGCAAUUUCUUUAUGUUUUUCCUUGACUUGCGGGACUGAUGCUAGGAGCAAUGAAGUCAUACAAUUGGUUAGCACACCUUCACCUACAGCUUGUCGAGUGCAAGGUCACAAGAUUGGAUUACCUAUGAUUCCUUUUGUUCUGGCAUUUCUGAUCAAGUUGACAUUUUUCUAUUUUAUUUUUGUAGUUUGUUAUUGUAAUUUCACUGUAAUUCUUCUGUGGAGUUAAACCAGUUUUCAGUUCUUGGUCUUUCUUCGUGUUUUUGAGGUUGAGGUGAUGGUUUGUUCUUGCAAAAGUCACCAAUCCCAGCUAUGCCUGUAUUUGAUCAUUAUGACUUUACUACCUUAAAAUAUUCGUGUAAACAUACGAGAUUGACCGUAAAUCCAGUGCGACAGCAAGGGACAGGGUCCUUUUUUUAUAAGAUGAUUUGCUGAGUAAUCUAUACCCUUA